GCACCAGUGACGUUUGCAUCCGUGAGAGCGACCGGAGCGGCGCGAUAGUAAAAUCCUGCAUGCUACUGAAGCCGCGGGAUACGGCAUACGGCCACCAUGCGUGAAUAUAAGCUUGUGGUCUUGGGCUCUGGCGGCGUAGGAAAAUCUGCACUGACGGUCCAGUUUGUACAGGGAAUAUUUGUUGAAAAAUAUGACCCCACAAUAGAAGACUCGUAUAGAAAGCAAGUUGAGGUUGAUGGGCAGCAGUGUAUGCUAGAGAUCCUGGACACUGCAGGCACAGAGCAGUUCACGGCGAUGAGGGACCUGUACAUGAAGAAUGGCCAGGGUUUUGCUCUGGUUUACUCCAUCACAGCACAGUCCACCUUUAAUGAUCUGCAGGACCUGCGGGAGCAGAUUCUGAGGGUGAAGGACACUGAGGAUGUGCCAAUGAUCUUGGUUGGAAACAAGUGUGAUUUAGAAGAGGAGAGGGUGGUUGGAAAAGAGCAGGGUCAGAAUCUUGCCCGUCAGUGGAGUAACUGUGCCUUUCUAGAAUCUUCUGCCAAAUCAAAGAUCAACGUCAAUGAGAUCUUUUAUGACCUGGUUAGACAGAUAAACAGAAAGACACCGGUGGAGAAGAAGAGAGCAAAAAAGAAGUCAAACUGUGUCCUGCUGUAACACCACUGCAUCACUGCAGCAGCUCUGAGCCAGAUUGCCGAAAUGAAGAACUGUUGCCCAGCUGGCCAACAUUCCGGUUCCUCUCUACAGUUAAUGGCCAAACAAUCAAUAAGGCAGAACACCACAGACUCCUCAAAUAUUACACAGACUUGACAGAAAAGAGAGAUGCAGCCUCUGCCUUUUCUUCCAGAACAGUCUUGAAGGUUUUUUUUUCUUGCCCCUCUUUUUGAUUCCUGUUGUUUUUCUGAAGGAUCUGUGUCUGAAGAGCUGAAUCUUCGUCUGUGACAUUGAAAAAGGGGGUUAGACUUUCUGGAAGAGGGUUCGGGACUUUCUUAACGCCUACAGAGAGAACUGGGACACUAUAAAACUUGCUCAUCAAUAUUUUUUGUCAUGUUUGGACCUUCAAUAAUCAUUUGUAAAGAAGAAGCCGUGUUCAUCAUUCAUCAAAACAUUUUCCCUGAGUGACUUUGAGCUCUCACUGCUUUCAUAUUCCCCAUAAUAUGCUUAGACUCUUCUUUGCUUUCAUUUAAAGAAACUGUGAUAAAUUAAAAAAAGAAAAUGUCUUUUUUUCCUUUAGGGUGGCAAGGUUAAAAUUAAAAUAACAAGAUAUUUGGAUCUGUCUAUCUUGAGGAUAAAGAUAUAUUGUACUAAAGGACAUGCUUUUUUCUCAAUCAAAAUGACUUUAAUUUUCCAGCUUUUAAAGAUAAUUGAAUUUUAGUAUAUUUUCUUUGUUUUGUUUUUUCUUGGUUGUAUUUUGCGGUAGGCUGUUGCUCAGCCUGGGAUCAACCGUUUUGUGCCUGAGCAGGAGAAGGAUGAAAUCAGAUCUAUAAUCUAGAGAUGACUUCUCCUCCGAGAACCGCUAAACCAAUAAUCAAUAGUCAGGCCUUGACACUUCAUUUGCCAAGUUAAAAACAGUCUCGGUGUGUCAGAUGUUUUAGUUUUAUUGUUCUCCUCCAUGGUUUAGUUGAGCAUUUCAAACAAAGUGUCUGGCUGGCUUUUGAUUUUGUUUUUAAAGUAAUGUGUGCUUAUGACUUUUUUUUUUUCGACAUAGAUUUAAAUAAAUGUAUUUCAUAUUGA